CCACUCCACCCUGCUGUUCACUGAGCCCAGCCACCGAUCCCGCCACAGACCCGCCACCUGCGCCCUCUCCGCCCAGCCAUGGAGGCCAUCAAGAAGAAGAUGCAGAUGCUCAAACUGGACAAGGAGAAUGCCAUCGACCGCGCCGAGCAGGCCGAGUCAGAUAAGAAAGCUGCAGAGGAGAAGUGCAAGCAGGUGGAGGAGGAGCUGACGCAUCUCCAGAAGAAACUGAAGGGGACCGAGGACGAGCUGGACAAGUACUCGGAGAACCUGAAGGACGCGCAGGAGAAGCUGGAGCUGACCGAGAAGAAGGCCUCGGACGCUGAAGGAGAUGUGGCAGCUCUCAAUCGACGCAUCCAGCUUGUUGAGGAGGAGUUAGACAGGGCUCAGGAACGACUGGCCACGGCCCUGCAGAAGCUAGAGGAAGCAGAAAAGGCUGCCGAUGAGAGCGAGAGAGGAAUGAAGGUGAUAGAAAACCGGGCCAUGAAAGAUGAGGAGAAAAUGGAGAUCCAGGAGUUGCAGCUCAAAGAGGCCAAGCACAUUGCAGAGGAGGCUGACCGCAAAUACGAGGAGGUAGCUCGUAAGUUGGUCAUCCUGGAGGGCGAGCUGGAGAGAGCAGAGGAGCGUGCCGAGGUGUCUGAACUAAAAUGUGGUGACCUGGAAGAAGAACUCAAGAAUGUCACUAACAACCUGAAAUCGCUGGAGGCUGCCUCUGAAAAGUAUUCUGAAAAGGAGGAUAAAUAUGAAGAAGAAAUUAAACUUCUGUCUGACAAACUGAAAGAGGCCGAGACCCGUGCUGAAUUUGCAGAGAGAACAGUUGCAAAACUGGAAAAAUCUAUUGAUGACCUGGAAGAUGAGCUAUACGCUCAGAAGCUCAAGUACAAGGCUAUCAGCGAGGAGCUGGACCAUGCUCUCAACGACAUGACCUCUCUCUGAGAGGCAGCAGGGUGCUGUCCUCUGUCCUAGCAAAACUGAAGUCUGCUUCUCACUAUGAAAAACUUGCUCAGGCCAAAGAAGAGAACGUGGGCUUACAUCAGACACUGGAUCAGACACUGAAUGAACUUAACUGUAUAUAACCACAUCAGAAGAGUCUUGUUCCAACAGAAGCUCCAGACCUCCGUUUCUUUCUCUUCUCUUGUAAGAAGUUUCUUUUGUUACUGCAUCUACGCAAAUUAUGAGUAUGUGACCAAAUAUUUUGUAUCAGAGAAGCUUUGAGCAUCAGUUAAAUCUAAUUCCUUCCCCUCUUCCCCAAAUGGCACCAGAUUUUUUUAGCUCUAUUUUUAUCCUUAAAUUGCAUUUAUUCCUAAGCUAGUCAGGGUGUUUCCUAUUGAACAUUAGUCUCUUAAGACUGAGGGCAUAUGGUUUCUGGGAGAUUAAACAACUCCACACUUCCAAAACACAGACUCUAAUAUCUAGUCACUGGCCAAUUUAAAAGGUUGAAGAGUAGAACCACUGGGCCACCGUUGGACACACUAUAGGAGUCCAGGGACCAUCACAUUAAAAUGGGUGGGGAUUUUCCAUCCAGAGCAUAAAAAGGUUUGGGGAGAGGCUAUUGUGGGAAGUCAUAAACCAUAGAGUAGUCGUUCUGGCUCUUUUCCACACACUACUGUGCAGAACAUCCUUUGAGCAAACAGUGUGAGAAUGCUUGGGAAAUAGUUAUAACAUUUACUCUUAUUUGAGGCCAUCCACUCAGCAGGAAUGAAUUCAGUCCUGUUCAGGAAGCCAUACCAAAAAGACUGCUAGCCUUCAAUAAUUAAGCAAGAGCAUUUUUCUAUUAAAUAUUGGGCAGAAGAGAAUGUAAUCGGCCUAACUUAUCUCCUCUGUACUUAGGGAAUGGUAAAUUGAAGAUUUACUUAUUUAGGGCUUUAAUUCCUUCGUCAGGACCAAGUUAAUAAAAGACCAGGAAACUCCUGAUUCAACUGGAUGUGGAGUAUUUUGUAGACAGGGCUGCACAUUUUGGCUUUGUUAUAUUUUUGCUUUCUUGAUUAACAUCUCAGCUGAAACAUUCCAUAUUCCCCAGCAGUGAGGGGAGUAACUCAAGUUUACAGUUCUGCCUAAAAAUCACCCUGAUUCUAGCUUUUUGGACUCCUCUGCCCCUCACUCCUAUUUAUUACGCAUCACACUACCCAGGAGAUACACUAGCAAAUUGUGCAAUUGAAUAAAACCCACACUUUUCAUUUAGAUUCUUGCAACUGUAUCAUAUGUAAUAGUAUCACUUUUUCUACAUUUUGGUCAAAUAAAUUUUUACAUAAACUAUAA